AUGCCGGCUCCCCAUCAUCGAUCUCUUGAAUCCACCUGCAAUGUUUUUGCUAGUCCAUGUCCACUUUUUGCGGGCGACUUGAAAUCCUGGAGUUCCAAUGCCAGUGCCCCCAAAAUGGAUGUAGACGCUGCCAAGCAGUGGUCGUUGGACUGGCACCUUCCUCUGAAUGAUGAAAAGUGCGUCCAUAUGUCGUUUGGAGGGGAUUCAGCGAAUGCCAUUUUUAUGCAUGGCGAAAAGGGACCAGAAAACAUCAUGAGGAUGGAUGCCAAUAAGGAUUUGGGCAUCUGGGUCUCCUCAAACUUGUCCUUCUCACUGCACCAUGAGAAAUCGGCCCAAAAGGCAUUCGCCAUUUUACGGAUGAUCCGACGCAUCUUCUCCCGUAUUACUCGCGUGGACUUCCAAAUACUCUACGGGGCCUACGGUCGCGAAAAGUGCGGACAAACCGCUCAGCAACUGAGCCUGGUUGAUCCGGAUGUUAGACUAAUUUAUCAGAAUCGUCUUUUGGAGUCUGCUCCACCAUCAUAUGUGAAUUCCUACUGGGAUGAGAUCACCACCUCUUUGCACAUUGCUGGGGCCUCUGCUUGUGGCACUUCUGAAAUAUGCGAUUUGACUGACGACCUCACCACUUGUUAUAAGAAAUUCUUGUCUUUCGAAGGCAUCGGGAACAUACACAAGCAGAUUGAUGGUGACAAUAAUGGACAUGUGGACUCGUCUGAGGCAGCUAGCUUUGUCAGAAAAGAAUUCAGCCCAGCGGAUUCAGCGCAGAAUCCACGUUCAUUAACCAAAGAAGAUCCGUAUGUCAGCCUCAGCGACCUUUGGGCGAUGUGGCGUAGAAAUCCAGCUUUCGGUUGGUCUGUUAAACAAACCGUACAGUGGCUCUGUGACGUCGUCCAUCUUCCCCAGUAUUCUGAUAUAUUCGUGAGGCAUUCGGUUGACGGGAAGACCCUUCCGCUACUUGCCAUGCAGAACAUGAGCUAUCUGACCGAUGUGUUGAUGAUAAGAAAUCCGAUCGAUAAGAGGAAGCUAAUGUUGAAAGCUCUGGAUGCCAUUUUGUUCGGUUCUCCAACAAAACCUCAGCUCCUGCCUUCACCGCUGACUACCGCAGUCUUUGGAAUUAUGUCGCUCGUCAUCCUUGGACUUUCCCAUUGGUUCUAUACCCGACUUUCAGACGUCAAAAGUGGUCCGAAUUCCGGUAGUCCAGCUUUCAACGAACGAACCCUAAAGGAACUUCAGUCUCGCCUGGACGAUCUGGAACAACUUCAAUACAGGUUAAAUAAUCGUGAACAAGGAGCUCAAUUUAGUUCACUCCAUUCGCAGCUGCCUAUGAGCCCUUCUUGGUCUGAGCUUCCGAAAUUUCGAAGUCGGUCAUUGGCAAGCAAACCAUGGGCAAUGUUGCCUAUCGAUUCUGGGUCGCCUCCAAAGUCCUACUCAGAACGCUUUCAAAGUCGUCAAGAUCUGGAGAAGAGAACCAGCACCGGAGAGGAAACAAAUAGACCUCCUUCGACUGACCUCGACAGGAAUGAUACAAACUCCACAUUGCUCGAUCCGGAUUUCCCCCGCGUUACGAGUCGAACGAGCAUAACUGAUUUCGAUGGAUGCUCCUCCGUUGCGCUGCAACUUUGGUUGCAGCUUACCUACGCUCUUGAGGAAGAACAGUACUUGAAUAGGAAAACACAGGCAGAACUGAAUUUGAAUUCUGCGCGUCAGGCGUGUAACCGGCUUCAUCGAAAGCGGUUUCAUGUCCUUGGUCCGGUCCGGUUGCUGUAUUCCGACAGCCUCGGAGAGCUUGAAUUCAAGCUGAUGCGAGCGAAGUGUGACCUAGAGCAUUUGGAGCGAGAGCUUCAGGAACGCACACAUCGCUGGAUUCAAAUUGAGUCGCUUACUGGAAUCCAAAUACGAAACCAUCCUGGCAUUGAGAAGAUUCGUAAAUCACUGGUUUCACUACAGCAACCAGAACUAGAUCUGCCGGACACCAAACCGCCCAGUAGUUCUUCUAUAGUUUCUUUCGAACUUGGCCCACCCACCACCACUGAUUCGGCCUGCGUGGAGCAGUCACGCGAUCCGUUGCAUAAUAGAAUGUCCAUCCCGGACGUUGUGAACCUCGUCCUUGAGUCCCGUGGUGGAAGCAGGAGCGCUCUAUAUGGAAAGAUGCAUUCAAGCAGCAAGGCUUCUGCGAGUGAUUCCUCCGUACGUCCGUUCGCAACUCUCUGGCGUCGGAAGGCAGGAUUUCGCAUGGAGAGUAAUACUCCCAAACAACCGUGAGGGGCAUUUAUUGUUCAGCUGCACUUAGUUCUCGCAAUAUCAUUUGUUGUUAGCGUUGGCAUUGUGUUGGGACAAAAUUUCACCAUUCUGUAUCACUGUUCCACGGACCCCCUCACGUGAAGUCGCUUAUGGGACCGCUAUGUUCGAGAUUCUCUGCCUCUGUUCUCAGUUCGCCCGAUCUCAAAUAGUCCCUUUUUGGUUCCAACAUGCCGCCACAUACACAUUUGUGAUAAAUGUUGUCUGAUCCCGUUUUCUUUAUAUCUGAUCCUCCUCCCCCCACUUUUCCCUUGGUGUUGGUCUCUAAAUAGCGUUUUAUUUGAACGACUUUCCUCCGUACUUUGCCGGUUACCUUCUCUUAUUUUCGGUAGGCUGUGAGCUGGUCUCUCCUCCUACAUUUGUUCUACCCAAAAAGACAUGUGAAUCUUCAGACUUGUGCUUUAGUCAUUUUGGUCUGGUUUAUCAGUACAUCUUUG